GGGAAGUGGGGCCAGGGCAUGCACUUUAUCCCAAAUUCUCUAUAUCCCAUCAAUUGGAUGACGAUGAUGGUGGUGGUGGAGGACGAGGUGGUGUUUAGGAAUUGGGAUUAGGGUUGAGGUUUUGUGCGUGGAAAAUCUGCAGGGAUAGAGAAAAACUCUCGGCCUAGCGUUUGCCUCGCAAAUUUCGGCCAAUUCUUCGCCGUGAUUCCUCCGCUUUCUCUGCUUCGUCAUAGCUCUCUGCAUCUUCUCUCCUUGGCUGGGUCAAAAUUCAGCUCUCAUUUGCGGGAUUAUUUUGAUAAAUUGAUUUGAUUUUUUUUUUCUUUUCCAUUUGAAAGAACAGCAGUUCUUUAAGUGGGAGGUUAUUUUAUUUUAUUUAUUUAUUUAUUUUUCUUAAAGCGAUUUUGAGAUUCGGAUUGCGGUCGUUUUUGGCACUUUAAAGCAAGGCGGCUCAGAUUAUGAAGGAUUGGUUUUUGGUUUUUUUUUUUUUUUUUUUUUUUUCCAUUGGGGUUUUAGAAACGAUUUUGCGGAAGUGAAUUUUUUGUACUUUAAAGCAAAGCAGCCCUUAAUUGUGAAAUUAUGUAGGAUUGAUUUUUUUUUUUUUUUUUUUUUUAAUUGGGGGGUUUUAGAAACGAUUUCGGGGAAGUGAUUUUUUCGCACUUUAAAGCGGGACAGCUGUAAGCGGGACAGCUGUUAGCGGUGAGAAUAUUGUAAUCAUUUAUUUUUUUGGUGGUUUCAAGAAACGAUUUUGCGAGUCAGAAUUGCUCUGCUUUUUUGUACCCAAAGCAAGGAAGCUCUUAACUGCAAGAUUAUUUCAUGACUUUUCUUUUUGGGGUUUAAAAGCGAUUUUGGAGAACUUUCUCGCUUUGGAUAGUGGAAAUUGCUUUGAUUUUUUCCCUUUAAAGUAAGGGAACCGAUCUUGCGUGAGAUUUAUUUAUUUAUUAUUUUUAAUUGAUCUUUUGGCACUUUGUUUUGGAAAUUUGAUUGGAAGGGGAAUUGAUAUUUCUCCAGUUGGUUGUAAUCUCAAGUGGGUAAGCUGCUUCCUGUAGAAAAUUGAUUUCUGGUGGUUCAGUUGUCUUUUACUAAGAGACACGGAAGCUGGAGGGGUGACAUAGACUGUUUGUGUUUGGGACACUGCCUAAAAUUGCAGUGUUAGAAUAAACAUGGGUCAAUUGUGUGAUUUCUGUGGAGACCAAAGAUCUAUGGUCUACUGCAGGUCUGAUGCCGCUUGCUUAUGUUUGUCCUGUGAUCGAAAUGUUCAUUCUGCAAAUGCCCUUUCUAGGCGCCACUCGAGGACCCUUUUGUGUGAAAGGUGCAAUUCUCAACCUGCUACAGUUAGGUGUGUUGAAGAGAAGAUCUCACUUUGUCAAAAUUGCAAUUGGAUUGGGCAUGGUAGCACUACCUCAGCUUCAGACCAUAAGAGGCAGACAAUUAACUGUUACUCUGGUUGCCCUUCAGCAGCUGAACUUUCUAGGAUCUGGUCUUUUGUCUUAGAAUUCCUUUCUGUGGAUGAUUCUAAUUGCGAGCAAGGAAUGGUCCUAAUGAGCCUGACUGAAAAUAGUGUUGGUAGCUGUUCACUGCCUCCGGUAAAUAAUAACAUUAAUGAUUCCACUGUUGCUGGUAGGACAAAUGCUCAAGAAAAUGUUGAUAAGUCUGAUCUUUGGAUGGCAUCCUCUCCAGUGCCUGCUCUGAACCCCAUAUCAUCCAGUGUAGACCAGCCAACAGAUCUUGUGAAUUCACCAACUACCAAGUUAUGCUGUUCCGGGAUUUGUGAUGAUGAUGAUCUUCUAUAUGAAGACUUCAGUAUGGCUGAUGUUGACUUGAGCAUAGAGAACUAUGAAGAACUCUUUGGUGUAUCCCAAAAUCACUCAGAACAGCUCCUUGAGAAUGGUGGAAUUGAUAGUUUGUUUGGAAUUGGGAAUUUGCCUGGUACUGAUGCCAGUGCACGGGGUGCAUAUGUUGCUGAGGGGUCCUCUGUUGUACACAUUAAAGCCAUGCAGCCAGCGUGCAGCAAUCCUAUAUCUGCUGAUUCUAUAAUAAGCUCCAAAACCGAUCCAAAUCUUUGUUUUCCACCAAGGCAAGCACACUCAAGCCUCUCACUUUCUUUUUCCGGCCUCACUGGUGAGAGCAGUACUGGAGAUUAUCAAGAUUGUGGGGUCUCUUCAAUGCUUCUAAUGGGAGAACCUCCAUGGUGCUCUCCUUGUCCUGAAAAUUCAUUGCCUUCAGCUAACAGGGAUAGUGCUGUCUUGCGUUACAAGGAAAAGAAAAAGGCACGAAAAUUUGAGAAGAAAAUAAGAUAUGCCUCUCGCAAAGCAAGGGCAGAUGUCAGGAAGCGUGUGAAGGGGCGAUUUGUUAAGGCUGGCGAUGCUUAUGAUUACGACCCAUUGAACCAGACAAGAAGCUUCUGAGUGUACAGUUUAAGUCUCAACUAGAAAGAAUGCUGUUCUGUUAUCAAACCUUGAAUUUAAAGAUACUGGGUUAAGAUGCAUAAAUAAUGAAGUUCUGAGUUGGAGGUCUGGCCUUCCAUCAACUGUGACAAAGCUGUGACAUGGACUACCUCCUUGCCACUUCUUUUUUCCCGUGCUGGUUUUUUGAGGGUGGGAUCUCAUUUUUGCCCUUUUCUGCAAGGAGAAAUGAAAGUUCCAUUUUUGCCCUCUUUGGGAAGCUUGUAUAGAUUUCAUAUGGCACCCUUCUCACUUGCUCUCAAAGUCGGGAAGAUGCAGACCGCAACAUAAGGAAUGGUUUCAUCCAGUGCCCACCCAGUACUCAGUCGAGAAUUGAACUCUCUCACCAUGUUUGUAAUAUAUUUCUUUUGUUGGAACAUGUAGCACAGGUUCUUUAUCUGUAUGUAACCGAGAGGAACGAGUUUCUGGUAAUUCAACACACCAGGUUUAUUUGCUUAUGUAAGGACAACAAAAUUCAAAAAGAAGGUUGUAAAAAUAAAUGUAUUUCUAGCUGCA